AUGUCUAUCGAUGAGUCGUUACAGAUCAUCGAGGCGCGCAUUCGUGACGCGGAGUUUCUGACCCAGAAAGCUCCUGCUCUGGCUCGAGAGGAGAACCAAUUUGAACUGGACACGGAGGAUGAGCUGUUCAACGAGCUCAUGAGAAGCGACCAGGUGGUGGACGACACCUUUGUCAACGUCGACGGGCUGUCGCUGGAGAAACAGCUUUCAUUGGUGGAGGGAAAGUUCCAGCAACUGAUCAAGGAGAACAAGGUGUUCCGAGACUACCUGACGUCCAUAGAGCCCUACAAGCAGGACCUGGGUCUCAUGAAGGCUGCACAGGCCAAUGGUAGACCUUCACCAGAAGCUAAAGUGGUGGUUGAUGCACUUGACCCAGACACUUUGUUGUCUUUCACUCAUGCUCAUGGGGUGGACGAGAUCAAGAGUGUCGGAGAACUGGUUCCUGAGAGCGCUUCCAAGGUGCUGAGUGAAUAUUCAGAAAUGGCUCUGACGGAGGACCAUCUGGAGAGACUUAGCAACGACGUGGCCAUACUAGCUGUGAGAUCCGCCCGGGUGCUGGAGAAGUACGUGUCGGAAAUGGUGAUUGAGCCGAAUGAGAGACUAGGGGAGUUGGACGAGAAGCGGAGAACUGAGGCAGCCAAAGCAAAGGAUUAG